AUGAACCCGGCCCAGUACAAGCAAGCCAUGCGGCAAAGGCAGCUGGAGAGGCGGGCCGAGCUGCUGUCGAAGUGCGAGGGUCUGGGUUUCACGCAUCCCCCACGAAAAGGUAAAGACUCAUCAUCUGUCAAGUCUAUUGACAUUGACAGAGCAAGGCAUCAGCAGCAGCACGGCCUCUUCGUGUCGAAGCUCAAGCUCCACGGGGAAGACAGCGAGGGCGGCUCCGCAGCAACGUCUCUCGCCAGCUCCGCCGGCGGUGGCGGGAUGGUGGAAGGUUUUGGCGUACGCGGUAGCCAGCUUGGGCAAGCGGUGCUGCACUCGACCGAAGAUGGCCUGAGCCCGUUGGCCCCGGGUCCUUUGUCGAAUCCCUGGGACAACCUCGGCAACCAGCUAGCCGGUUUCGACAAACAGGCAGAGGUCAAACGCACGGAGACAGGCGGCGGCAGCGAGCCCCCCGGCGACUUGUGGGACGAGGGCGAGAACGACUUGAACUUCGGCAAUGAGCUUCACCAAGGUCAGCAGCAGCCGCGGGGGGCCAGGGUCCUCGAUUGGGACGACAAGCUUCCCGGAGAGACGACUAUUACCCAAGGUGUAAGGCUCUACCUGUCCAGCGUCUACCCCGACGCCAGUCACGAGGAAAACUGCGCCCUCGUUCUCCUUCAGGUUUUGGAGCAGGUGGCCUUGGAGGAGCUAGACGUGCCGGUCCUCAAGACGCGCCACACGAUCAAGAUUGAGGCAUUUUUGCGAUCGGUGGUGCUGAGCGUGCCCGCUAGGACGUGGCAACAGUCGGUCCGAGGAGCGUUUGCGCGGACGGCACCUGCAGGGAUGACCGCGUCUCCGGGACAUGGUCACCAGAUCUCGAAGGAAGAGCUGACGUUCCGCAUGAGCUUGUUCGUGGCGAUGAUGAAGGCUGAGAGGGAAGGCACCGACGACGCGGACAUCGCGGUCCGAGAAGUCUGCCGGCAGAUCGUGACGGACUAUGAGGCCCGAGCGAAGCUCUGGAUGAGCCCGGCCCAGAACGCGGAGCGCUUCUUGCAGCCCUUGGUCAUGGAGUUCGCCUCCUGGCUGCGUGCCAACAGGGACAUCUUGUACCAGGGCAGCGCGACUGAGGGCCUCUUGCGAAGCAUCGACGAAGGGCUUCGAAGCAGCCUAAAGAACCAGGUAUACCGGUCCGCCGAGCACUUCCUGGAGGUGCUCAAGUCGUUGUCGUCUAGCUUGACGGACAUGCCUCUGCCUUCGUACGACCCUUCCGGCGGGGACGAUCACCCUUUCGACGUUUCGCAGUCUGUAAGACCCAAGAGAGUCAAGGAUAAAGAGGACGUGAGGGCUUCAAGAAGCGUCCCUGUAGACCAAGCGGUGGAUCACACGUCCAGGGGACCCGAUGGAUGCACUCGUUGCCCCGCCGCUAGCCCGAGUGGGGUGAGAGUGCCUGGCGAGGGUGGCCGUGGCGGGGGCCCCGUACAAGGGGGUGUAGGGGGGACCGCAAAGGAUGGUGACGGUGCCGUCGCCGCCAAGUCGGCGCUGGAGACGUACGUGGACCAGUGCGCUUGGAGGGUUCUUCAUGCAGCUUCUAGGACGGCAUCUGGUGGGGACUCGUUUUUCGUGGUGCAGGAUUUGUUCGGCGGGGAAGGUGUGCUAGUGAAGAUGGCCACGGCACCCACCGAGCCAAUCAGGAUUCGCACCAAGGGUCUGGCGGUGAGAGUGACGACGGUGGACAAGCACGACAUCUACCACAUCUCCGACGUAGACAUGACCACAUCCGAAGCCUCGCCCCGGCCUCUGAUGACCAUCACCAGCACCAUGAAGGAGAUUAUCCAGUUCGCACCGUUUGUUGAGCAUCCGGUGCUCGUGCGGCGUAAGUCCGGGCUGAUCGCCGAAGGGAAUGGUUCGGACAUCCCUGCGGAACCCUCAAACAGGCAGCAGCAGCCUUCGCACGCCAGGAGUGGAAGGUUCAUUACGAUAUCAGCGGACCUUCCCGACUACCCAGAGGGCCACCUAGACGCCUCUGCGGGACUGCUGCUGGCCUCAUCCCAGCCAUCUCCUCCCAACACGGUGAGCCUAGACGAACAAACGGCUGGAAUGCUACAUGUGCUGCUGGCAUGCUGAACAGAGGAAAUGAUGCCCCUCUCGCCCUCGAGUGUUGUCUGUUGUUGUUCGUAAUAAUGAUGAUGAUAAUGAUUUGCCUUGUAGUUUGGUUUUGUUGUCAUUGUUGUAGCUGUUGGUUGAUGAUGAUGGUGGGCUAGGGUUGUUCUGUCUGUUGUUAGGGGGUUGUUUGGGUUUUCGAUAGCGUAAUGCACAGUGCUUGACUUAUCGGGAGUCGUCCUUCGUUGCACUUAACGGCCACUUAACCCAGCACCGUUUGAUUCUUCACAUGUACAAGCCAGCC